AUGCUUCGGUCAACUUGCUCUGUCUGCAAGGGUUAUACACAGCGGAGUCUCUCCCACACGAGGGCCAAAUCCUUCGCUUUUCCAAACUUCCGCGGCAUCUCGCACCACGUCAAUGGAGACGAAAGGUCAAGUAAUCGUCGAGCGUUCACCUCCACCAGAUCAUGUAGACUUACGCCCUCAAAUGGGAGACCCUACCGUACCACAGCAGAAUCUGAGGACCCAGGGGUUCUGCCGAGUCCCAUAGACUCCUUUCUUCAGGGCGGAGCAGCAAACUACGUCGACAACAUGUAUCUCGCUUGGAAGAUGGACCCUCAAAACGUUCAUGUAUCAUGGCAUACGUAUUUCCGUAACAUGGAAGAUCCCUCUGUACAUUCGACGCAAGCCUUUCAGCCACCACCCGGCCUGCUCUCACCCCGGCACACACCAGACAUCAAAUCGUUUCCCAGUGCCGGCGUGAGUGAAGUCAUUGACUAUCUCAAGACUCAUAAUAUUGUUCGAGCGUUCCAGCAUUAUGGCCAUUCAGCCGCAAAUAUCAACCCUCUCGGACAAGUCAGCAACAUGACGAUCAAGCCGCACGAUAGUGUCCCAAGCACAACAAACUUGAGCACGUACGGCUUCACCGCCGCAGACCUGAAUCGUGAAAUUGUUCUAGGUCCAGAAAUACUUCCCCAUCUCUCACAAAGCCACCAGGCGAUGAAACUUCGCGACAUCAUCGCCACUUGCGAGGAGGUCUACUGCGGUUCCAUCGGCGUCGAAUACCACCACAUCUCUGACCCUACCAAACGCCAAUGGAUCCGCGAGCGCAUCGAGUCUUACCAUACCUUCCUCCCCUCAACCGAAGAAAAGAGGCAGAUCCUCGACAACUUGAUCUGGGCAACAAUCCUCGAACGCUUCCUCGCCGCAAAAUUCCCCAACGAAAAGCGUUUCGGCCUCGAUGGCGCAGAAGGCCUGGCGCCUGGGCUAGCCGCACUCAUUGAUCGUUGCGCAGAGGCUCACGGCGCCCAAGACGUCAUUAUCGGAAGUUGUCACCGCGGGAGGAUGAACCUCAUGAGCACAGUCUACGGCAAGGACUACGAGACGCUGUUCCGCCUGUUUGCGGGCACGGAGGAGUUUGAUUCGGCGAAUGGGCAGACUGGGGAUGUCAAGUAUCACUUUGGCAUGGAGGUUAAGAGGGCAACUGCUGGUGGGAGGACGAUUGGUAUCUCCAUGUUGCCGAAUCCUUCACACUUGGAGGCUGUUGAUUCUGUUGCGCAGGGCAAAGCCAAGGCAGUGCAAUAUUUGAAGAACGAUGUUGAUCAGUCCAAGGUGGUUUGCUUGGCUCUGCAUGGAGACGCCGCCUUUUCUGGCCAGGGGCCUGUGUAUGAGACGCUCAACCUCUCGGCUCUAAAGGGAUACGAAGUCGGUGGUACCAUUCGGUUCAUUGUGAAUAAUCAGAUUGGCUUCACGACUGAUUCUCUAGACUCCAGGUCCACGCCGUACUGCACUGACUUGGCGAAGUAUAUCGAGGCGCCGAUAUUCCACAUCAAUGGCGAUGAUCCGGAAGCCGUUGUGUUCGUCAGUAAACUGGCUGCAGAUUGGAGGGCCGAGUUCCGUUCGGACAUCGUCAUCGAUGUCAACUGCUACCGGCGAUUCGGACAUAACGAAAUUGAUCAGGCCAGUUUCACUCAGCCUGAGAUGUACAAGAAGAUCACCGAGCAGAAGCCGCUGAUGGAUCUUUAUAUCGACAAGCUUAUCAAUGAGGGCGAGAUGUCUGCCGAGGUGGCGGAGCAGCAGAAGACUUGGGUCUGGGAGCAACUAGAAGGGAAACUUGCGAGAAGUAAGCAGCCAGCCGAUCGAUACCCAGACGCUACUUCGGACCUGUCUCCAUCCGCUGGUUGUCAAACGUCAACGAACGCCAUUGACGAGGCCAUGCUCUCGACCAUCGCCACCGUAAUCACGAGCGUCCCAGAAGACUUCAACUGCCACCGCAACCUCCAGCGCAUACUGGCCGCGAAGAAACAAGCCUUUGACGACGGCACAGUCGACUGGUCCACAGCCGAAGCCCUCGCCUUCGGAACCCUCAUCGCAGACGGCAAGUCCGUCCGCAUCAGCGGCCAGGACGUCGAGCGAGGCACAUUUUCCCAGCGUCACUCUGUCCUACACGACCAGCUCACCCAUGCCAAGUACACGCCGCUGAAUAACUUAGGUACUUCCGGCGCAGGGACAUACAGCGGGACAUACAGUGCAAUCAACUCGCCGCUGAGCGAGUUUGGCGUCCUGGGGUUCGAUUAUGGGUACUCCCUGGCUGCGCGGGACUCGUUGGUCGUGUGGGAGGCGCAGUUUGGCGAUUUUGCGAACAACGCGCAGGUUGUUAUUGAUCAGUUUAUUGCUUCGGGUGAGGCCAAGUGGAUGCUUAGGUCUGGGCUUGUCAUGUCUUUACCACAUGGGUACGAUGGUCAGGGACCGGAGCAUUCGUCUGCUAGGUUGGGUAGGUUUUUGGAGUUGUGUAGCGAGGAUGGGCGGAGUUGGCCUGAGGAUAUGGAGAGGGCGAGGAGGGGGGGCAAUGUGAGGAUUGUGUGUAUGACGACCCCGGCGAACUUGUUCCAUGCGUUGAGGAGGCAGGUUUACUCAUCCGAGAAGAAACCUCUUGUCAUAUUCUUUUCAAAAUCCCUUCUCCGUCACCCUAUUGCUAGAUCUCCCAUCAUAGACCUGACAGGAACGUCGUCCUUUCAACCCGUAAUUGAGGACCCGGAGCACGGAAACAGGCUACUCCCCCGCGGAGAGAUCAAGCGCGUGAUCCUGUGCAGCGGUCAAGUUUACGCGGCACUGCACAAGUAUCGCAACGCAAGGGGCAUCAAGGACGUUGCUAUCACGCGCAUUGAAGAACUCCACCCCUUUCCCUGGGCCGAGACAAAGGAGAACCUUGAGUCCUAUUCUGAUGUAGAGAACAUCGUGUGGUGUCAAGAAGAGCCGUAUAAUGGGGGCGCUUGGCAGUACAUGCGCGAUAGGCUUGAGACUGUUGUUGGAAGCUCGAACGUCCUUGAGGGCAAGAAGAUUAUUUAUGCUGGGCGGGGAACGGGGGCUGCCGCUGCUACCGGCUCGAAGAAGGUCCAUCAAGAUGAGGAGACGAGGUUGGUUGAAAAUGCUUUCGGUAUUCGGAUCUAG